UCGCUAGCAGUGGAGGAGUUCAGUACGACGGGGCCGUCCGUCGAUAACCGUCAAGACGCCGUAGGCUGCUUGCAGUGAUCUGACGAUAUGCUUGAAACAUCUGUGCUGUAAGUUCAGUGAAAGGGUGUCAGUUCUAGGGACCAGCACACAAGUAGCACGAUAUUUAUUUUGGGACGCCACACCACGUUGAACAUAUUUCUUGGAUCCUCCAGAGCAGUGCUGGACUUCACUGACUGGAAUCACUUGUAGUUGGUGUGUUACCUCUUAGUCAGUGUUCAAGAACAACUUCGGAUAGACUCACUAUAGGUUCACGUACAUAGAAGGAUUGAAAACUAAAUAUGACUAUCACUUAUACUGGAGAAGUUGCCACAUGCACUGGACUUGGGUGUUUCUGGCGGUUACUCUUCAGAUGGAAAGGAAGCAUCUACAAGCUCCUUUGGCCAAAUUUUUUUCUUUAUGGUGCUGUUUAUUUUGCACUCAGUUGUGUAUAUAGGUUUGUACUGAGUGAAGAAAACAGGCGGUUGUUUGAAAAAAUUUGUCUUCACUGUCAGACAUAUGCAGACUUGAUACCAAUUGCUUUUAUACUUGGUUUCUAUGUUUCAAUAGUCAUCAAACGAUGGUGGGACCAGUAUAUGUGCAUGCCAUGGCCUGAUAACUUGGCCAUGUUUGUUAGCACACUUAUACCUGGACAGGAUGACAGAGGACGUCUAAUGCGCAGAACAGUCAUAAGAUAUGUUAACCUAAGUUUAGUUAUCACUCUCCGCAUGAUGAGCCCUCGUGUAAAGAAGAGAUUUCCUACUAUGGAUCACUUAGUGGAAGCUGGUUUCAUGCAGCCCAAUGAAAAGAAGGUCUUUGAUGCUCUGGACCAAAAGACAAGUCACCCAAAGUACUGGAUGCCACUAGUAUGGGCAGGAAGUAUAAUUACAAGAGCAAGAAAAGAAGGCAGAAUAAAGGAUGAUUUUUCAAUGAAGACCCUCAUUGAUGAACUAAAUACUUUCAGAGGUGGUUGUGGAGGAAUGUUAAAUUAUGACUGGAUCAGCAUACCUCUUGUUUACACCCAGGUUGUCACUCUGGCAGUGUAUGCGUACUUCAUAGCUACUUUGAUGUCCAACCAGUUCCUGGAUCCUUCAAUGAAGUAUCCCAAACAUGAGAUUGAUUUAGUGUUUCCUACAUUCACAUUUCUGCAGUUCUCGUUUUACAUGGGAUGGCUGAAAGUGGCAGAAUCACUUGUUAAUCCUUUUGGUGAAGAUGAUGAUGAUUUUGAAUUGAACUGGCUGGUUGAUAGAAACUUACAGGUUUCAUAUGUUAUUGUUGAUGAGAUGCACCAAGAGCAUCCAGAAAUGGUGAAAGAUCAGUACUGGGAUGAAGUGUUCCCGGCAGAACUGCCUUACACUGCAGCUGCAAAGCAGUACCAGACUGGGCCACCACCUCAUUCUGCUGAAAAUGUUGAGGUUUCUCUUGAUCAGGCAGAAUUCAUGCCUCUGGAGACUGUUGUAGAAGAGCCCCAAGACGAAAGGGAUGAAAUGGGAGAUAUGGAGCUUGAUGGUGACAUACAAGGGGAUUCUGGAUCAAGAACAGAGACCCAGCCAGUGAAAAUGACAAGAAUGAUUCGUCUGAAGAGUGGGUCUGCAGGUUCUAUAUCCAGCAGUUUCUCUGGGCCUCGAACAAGUCGAAAAAAUUCUGUGCUCAACAUGCUCACAAAGCUGUUUCGUAGAAAUGAAAGCAGCAGAGAUAUAGGAAGUAAUAUGGGAAGCAGUGCAUCUAUUCAGAGUCGCCGUGGCCCAAGAAGUAAUUCCAGGAUGAGCUAUUUGUCCCAGUCUCAGGGGCAAAGUCGAACUUCAAUCUUCAGAGAAAAUACAUUCCCGGACGAAAUGUUCCGAAUGUCUGAUAUAUCUUUGGCUGGAUCAACUAACACCAUUGGCUCAGCAAUUCAGAUGGUGGCACCUAAGGAACAUGCUCCAAAAUCACACCAGGGAGCUGGUGAAGGGGUUGAAGAAGAUCAUGAAUCAACAGAAGCCUCACAGCUGAUUCCACCUCGUAAAAACAAUCUUGGUCAGAGGAAAAUAUCAAGGAAUCUGUCUGCUGAAAUAAAGGCUGUUGAUUUAUCUGUAGCAGAUGAUGGGAGUGAUGCCAGCUGUAGCUCUGGCAAGAUAACCUUCUAUCCAGACUGCAACAGUAAUGCCCAUUUAGCUGUCUCAGAUACAUAUCCAUCACCAUCAUCAUCAAAAGUUACAGAAAUAUUCAAAAGAGGGUUGAGAUCAGUGAAAGAAGACUGGAGAGACAGUGUAACGUCAUCACCUUCUGUGACUAUAACUGAACCAGCUGCUGCAGGAGAGCAGCAGAGUAUGACUACAAGAGUUAUAAUUCCCAAUAGUCCCCCUAAACGACAAACCUUCUUACCCAUUUCUACCUAUUCAUCAGCUGUCAAAGAUAUAAAAAGAAAAAUUUCUGAUCCAAAGAGUGACAUUCCUCGGCAGCAGCUGGCUAGUAGUUUAACUCGUAGUUUGCAACAACAAUUAUUUGAGGGAUCGCCAAGGACUGUCCCUCAUCCAAAGCCAGAGCCUGAUCAGCUUGCUGAAACUCAUAUUUCAAUUAGUGAACCACCAUGUACAGAGCUGAAUAUAUAUGAACCAAACAUAAAACCUGAACAUGAACCUGUGGUUACAAUCUUGCCUCCAGUAUCACAUUUUACAUCAACCACUGCUACCGCAACAGUAGUACCCAGUGAUAUGGUGUUAACUACUUCUGUCUCCCUUCCAUCUGCUACUGUAACAACAACUAGCACCAUUACAACAUCUGCAGGAUCUACCCAGCCAGUUACUACAUUUGUUUCUUCUCCAAUAGCUUCCGCACAGCGGGAUGCUACAAUUAUCAACAUACAGCCACGUUCUGAAACAGACACUAUCAGCGAGUUUGAAGAGAAGAUAAGUAACAUCCUUGCUUCACAGCAGUUACCUUUCCAAACAUCUGCUUCAGAAGAAGUACCAAGUCAAGAAACCACAAUGCCAGAGGAGAGUCCUCCACCUCCACAGUACAUUCCAAGUGCAGCCAUACCAGUACCGUCAGUGUCACCUGCCCGAGCAGCAAGUGCAACAGAUAUGUUGGAGAGUGAUUUUGAGCUUAUAGAAGCUGCAUUAAUGCCUAUGCAAAGGAGAACUCAUCAUGAUUAUCACAACUUGGAACCAAUAAGUGAGCAUGGGGAAGUGUCCUCAGACAGUCCUGUGACAUCAGCCAUUGAGUCUGAUGGGACAUCAGAAGCCGCUAACCUUGAAAGAGAAGGUUUACCUACCUGAACACAUGAGAUGUUUUAAUGAAUUGUACAAAAAAUGCAGUAUUUAUAUGUAAACAUUUUUGAGGGAGAGCUAUUUUAAUGUCCUCAGAAAAAUGUGUACUUAAAGUAUUCCUACUACUUUUAAAGUGCCUGUAAUGAAUGGAUGCUGUGAUAUUCUGUGAAUGCUCUUUGCAACUGAAACAUAUCAGUGUCAUAAGUGAUACGCUUAUUUUAUUUUAUAACUAAAUAUACUUAACUUUAUUAAUCUUGUACACAAAAGACACACACUGAGAACUCUUCAUAUUUUUAAAUGAAAUGUCACAAACAUGGUA